CGGUACCUAGAAGGCAAGAAGAUGGACCGGUGAAAUGGCGUUGUCAUGGAAAGCCUUCAAAUUCUUCGACGUCGCCCAGGUGAAGCUUCCUGAAGAUGAGAUUGCUUCUCUAUCUGAGGGCAAUAUCACCUCAGUAGCCUCUGGUUCCGAGAAUGUAUUUCUUGGAAGCACAGAUGGCCAGGUUCGCAUCCUCUCGCAUACUUUCAAAGUUGUCCGAACCUACAAGGCGCAUGAUGAGGGUGCUAUUACCCAUAUGAAGCAAGUCCAGGGAACUUCGCUGCUAGUCACAAUCGCAGAAGACUCCCCGAAGGAGCCUGUGCUGAAGGUGUGGGCGCUGGACAAGGUAGAGAAGAAAACUGGGAUGCCAAGAUGUCAAAGUACGCUGACGAUACACAACGGGCGGAGACCUUUCCCUAUUACUGCAUUCGCGGCCCUCGAGGACCUAUCACAACUUGCCGUUGGUUUUGGAAACGGAUCCGUCACAGUGGUACGUGGAGAUCUGAUACACGAUCGCGGCGCGAAACAGCGGACAGUCUUCGAGACUGAGGAGCCCAUAACUGGUAUUGAGUUCCGAGAAGGCAAUACAACAACGCUUUACAUCGCUACUACGGGAAAAAUUUCAACUCUGAUCAUAUCCGGGCGGGGACAAGGGCAACCGGCUCGUUCGCUAGAAGACACGGGUUGCGCAGCUGGUUGUAUGUGCGUGGAUAACUAUACACGUGAUGUGAUAGUGGCCAGAAAUGAUGCAAUAUACUCUUAUGGUCUUGCCGGACGAGGUCCCGUACAUACAUAUGAAGGACCUAAAGAUCGAAUUGGCAUAUUCAAGGACUACGUCGCUGUGGUUUCUCCCCCUAGGACAAACACCAAUAUUCGCACCGGCGUUUUUAGGGCUUUCGGUGUGGGUCAGGCCGAUGACUUAUUCAACACAUCACGUUUCACCAUCCUUAACACAGAUCUAAAAUUCAUUGCAUACGAAGAGUCUCUAAGCUCACGUGUGAAAGCCAUAUUCUCGGAAUGGGGAGACUUUUUCGUUAUGACCGAUGAUGGCAAACUUUUCAGAUACCGCGAGAAAACUUUGCAACAAAAGCUAGAUGUCUUGUACCAGAGAAACUACUACAUACUUGCCAUCAGUCUUGCGCAAAAGUCUGGCGUAACCACUGCACAGUUGAACGUAAUCCUACGGAGAUACGGGGAUCACUUAUAUCAAAAGCAAGAUUAUGAUACAGCGAUGCAGCAGUACCUCAAAGCUAUCGACAACACAGAGCCUUCGCAGGUCAUUAGAAAGGUGCGCUGGCCCGGUAGCUUUCAUAAAGUAUGUUCUGACAAGUACCAGUUCCUGGAUUCCCAACGUAUCCAAAAUUUGAUAGAAUAUCUGGAGGAACUUCAUGAGCAUCAUAGAGCCACUUCAGAUCACACAACAUUACUUCUAAACUGCUACGCGAAGCUCAAAGAUGUAAAGAAGCUCGAAGAGUUUAUCAAAUCACCAGGUGAUCUGAAGUUUGAUCUAGACACCGCCAUAUCAAUGUGCCGUCAAGGUGGCUACUUCGAUCAAGCCGCUUACUUAGCAAGGAAGCAUAAUGAGCACGAACUUGUCGUGGAUAUUCUGAUCGAAGACUCGAAACUCUACGCUGAAGCCUUGGCAUACAUAUGGCGGCUGGAGCCGGAGGAGGCCUUUCACAACAUUACCAAGUAUGCGACAGUACUCCUGGAGCAUUGCCCAAGAGAUGCAACCACGCUUUUCAUCGACUACUACAUUGGCCAGUUCCGGCCGAAGAAGGAUACUGUGGUGGUUCAAAAUGUGGCCACGAGCUCGGGAGGCAUGGUCUCAACGGCAUCUAAUGCUGUCCAGAACCUUGCAGCACUCUUGCCCUUGCCAUAUAUGAACGCAAAUGCUGCCCAAACGUCCAACGAGGAGCAGAAGUCCACCAUGAGCCAAACACAGAUCGUAGAGAUGGAUAAUGACGAUUCCACUCCAGAGUACAAGAUCCCGAAACCGCGUUCCGCUUUCUCGGCAUUUGUGGAUCACCCGGAUGAGUUUGUCACGUUUCUCGAAUCUUGCAUCAAUUCUCAAAAGCUGGGCGAGGAUGAUAAGACAGAUCUGUAUACUACUCUGUUUGAGAUGUACAUCCAUACAGCUCGCAACAAGAAGGACGAGGAGCGGGAAGAAUGGGAAACCAAGGCUAAGAAACUUAUUGAAGGGAAAAACAUCCCUAUCGACACCUCAAAUGUCCUUUUGCUUUCCCACCUUUCAAAUUUUCGCGACGGCACCAUCCUCGUACGUGAGCAACAAGGCCUCAGGUUCGACAUAUUCCGAUCUUAUACGAAUGCUAAGGAUACCAAAGGCGCCAUUAAAGCACUUCGCAAAUAUGGUCCAGAGGACCCGCAGUUGUAUCCCGCGGCUCUAGCAUAUCUCACGUCUAGCCCAGCCAUCUUGCAAGAGGCAGGUGACGAGCUCGAUGCAGUUUUGCGAAAGAUAGACGACGACGGGUUGAUGGCACCCUUACAGGUCAUACAAACCCUCAGCGCUAACGGUGUAGCAACUAUGGGCAUGAUCAAGAAAUAUCUUAGUGGGACUAUUGAGCGCGAAAGGCAGGAAAUAUCAAACAAUCGACGAACUACAGCGACUUUCAAGAAAGACACAGCCGAGAAGCUAGCGGAACUCGAAACGCUCAACACAAAACCGGAAGUCUUCCAAACAACGAGGUGUUCUGCAUGCGGUAAUUCGCUUGACCUACCGACGGUACGCUUUCUAUGUAAGCAUUCGUUCCAUCUUCGAUGCUUGAACGUUACUCAAGAAGAUGAUAUUGAGAGCGGUGACGUUGAGUGCCCCAUAUGCGCCCCCAACAACGCAACGAUCAAGGCAAUACGAAAGGCACAACUAGAAAGUGCGGAGCGUCAUGAUCUUUUCAAAGAUGCAUUAAAGAGUAGUCAAGACGGCUUUGGAACGAUCAGUGAAUGGAUGGGUCGUGGUGUUAUGGGCGUCGAAUAGCUUGGAAUAAUGAAUCAAGCAUGACACCAAAGCAAUGCAUGUUCUUGUGUACAGGCUAUGGCGUAUAUGUAUAUCAGAGCUAUGAUUCGGAACAUGCUUGGAGAAAGGCACGUUACUGCUCUGGAAGUAGAUCCCACUAGUAAAUAGAAACAUAGUACUAAUCAAAGGAUAAUCAUAUAUUGGUAUAUUGAAUACUAUUCUGCU